ACAUUUUGUGCUGCGGCAGCGAGUGGCGUCCGUGUUCGUGCCCAACCCAUCGGCGAGCUAGUGAUCAAAGUUGGCGGUUGUGUCAGAACUCUGUUUUUGUUGUUGUUUGAUGGAGAUUUCGACUAUCAAUUAAGCAUGCCUGAGGAGACGAAGGCGGCUGAGAAGGGCGAACAACAGCCGGCCGUGAAGCAGAGCAGUGGGGGCGGGAAGACCGUCCUCGCCAGGGUCACCCUGCUCGAUGGCAGCCUGCUGGAGCUCAAUGUGGAGCGAAGAGCAAAGGGCCAGGAUGUGCUGGAUAAAGUGUGUGAGCACUUGAAUCUUCUAGAGAAGGACUACUUUGCCCUGACUUACGAAGACAGACACGAUCCUCGUAAUUGGCUCGAGCUGGACAAACGGGUCACAAAAUUCAUAAAGAAUGAACCAUGGAAAUUCAACUUUGAGGUUAAGUUUUACCCUCCAGAUCCAGCACAGCUGCAAGAAGACAUCACAAGAUACCAGUUGUGCCUGCAGAUCCGCAAUGACAUUCUAGAAGGAAAGCUACCUUGCUCAUUUGUAACACAUGCUCUUUUGGGAUCAUACUUAGUUCAGUCAGAGCUUGGAGACUAUGAUCCAGAUGAGCAUGGGAGGAAUUACUUAAAAGACUUCAGGUUUGCUCCAAACCAAACAGCCGAGCUGGAGGAGAAAGUCAUGGAUCUGCACCGUACACACAAAGGGCAGACACCAGCAGAAGCAGAGCUCCACUAUCUGGAAAAUGCGAAGAAACUUGCGAUGUACGGUGUUGACCUCCACCCUGCCAAGGAUUCGGAAGGUGUGGACAUAAUGCUGGGGGUUUGUGCCUCCGGUCUGCUGGUUUACAGGGAUAGGUUACGGAUUAACCGGUUUGCGUGGCCAAAGAUCCUGAAAAUUUCAUAUAAGAGGCACAAUUUCUAUAUAAAGAUCCGUCCUGGUGAAUUUGAACAGUAUGAAUCAACCAUUGGUUUCAAGCUGGCCAACCAUCGAGCUGCUAAAAAGCUAUGGAAGGUUUCUGUGGAACAUCACACUUUCUUUAGACUUAUGACACCUGAACCAACACAAAAAUCAGGCUUAUUCCCACGUUUUGGAUCAAAAUUCCGUUACUCUGGCCGGACACAUUAUGAGACUAAAAAGGCACUUAUAGAAAGGCCUGCUCCACGGUUUGAACGCAGCCUGAGUGGUCGAGCUCUCACCUCACGAAGCAUGGAUGCCCUAUCAGGGCCAGGAAGACUGCAGGCAGAAAAUGCCAGUGAUGCCAACAAACGCCAUACAAUGUCGCACCCACCCGAUCACUUUCCUGAUAUGGAACCAGCACGCCCUGUGAAGGAGCUCAAGGAGAAGGAGGAGAAGAUAAAGGACAAGCUGGAGCGCAAGUCGAGCACAGGGACGACAUCUGCCAGCAGCAGCAGUUCGAUGGAGGGCGAAUAUGAAGCUGCAUCAGGAAGAGCAGACGACUCGCAGGAUGACAAGCCGAAGAAACCUGUUGGAGGUGUUGCAGUUCUGCCUCCUGGUGCUCUUGGCUUUGGCAAAAAGCAAAAAAAGAAAGAUAAGGAUGGCAGUGACAAAGAAAAGGGAGCAGCAGAGGCAGAAGAUGAAGAAAAAGAGAACAGACAGGACAACGACUCACUAAAUACUUCCGAUGAAAAAUCACCUACCAGGAAGAGAGAGAAGCUCAAGAUUAAGACUCCAGGUUUCCUGUUUGCGAAGGGCAGCCCUCCAAAAGACAAGGAAAAGGAAGAGAAAGAAAAAGAAGAUGGUACACCAGAAAAAGAAAAGAAAGAGAAGGAAAGAAAAGAGAAAGAAAAGAAGGAAAAAGAUAAAAAAGAAAAAGAUAAGAAAGAUAAAAAAGUGAAAGAAGAGAAAGUGGCAGUUGCACUUACUGAUGACACUGCCAAGUCUGGGGCUUCAGGUGGUCCACCCAAGGGUUCCCCUCAGCUUCCAGGGUACACAAGAGAGUAUGAUUAUGUAGAGGAGGAGCCACAGAGUGAGGACCAAAGGCGUUUUGAACCUCAAGGGGGCUUUAGUUAUGAGAAGGGUCGACUGGAAGCUACUCCCGAACGUUCCCCCCCAUCCUCCUCUGGGCGACGUGCUACUGGCUUAGCUUUCAAUUAUGCACCUGGUGAGACCACACCUGCAAGUAAAGGGCUACGUACUCCUGGAAUUGAUUAUGUGGCUUCUGCAGGGCUUAAGGAGCAGGCGAAAGGUGCCGGUGCAGCCCCAGUUAUUGUGCCCCCGACAACCCAAUCAUCAAAGUUUAUAAUUAUUGCUGGAGGUAAACCUUCAGUUGUUGCUGGCUGUGAACCUCCCAUAGUGAAGGCUGAAGAUGGAAAAUUGGUUGUAGAUAGCGCAUGGCCCAGUCCUCUUGCUAAAGCCCAAGUGGUUGCUGGCACAGAUGAGAAACCUGCUCCUGUCAGAGAUAUCUAUCCUGGACUGAUACUGAAGGAUGGAAAGUUGCAUUUGCCAAAAGAUGUUGAUGUCAUUGAAGGGUAUGAAGUUCUCGAGAACAAAGAUGGUAGUGGUGUGACGGUAAAUCAGUGUCGCUACUUGGGAACUUAUACAGGUCGAGAUGGACGGCCUGUGCAGGGAAAGAAGAAACCAGCUUCUGUGGCUGGAGCAGAACUUCUUGUAAGUCGAGAUGGGAAACCUUUAUUAGCGGCCGAUUCAAAGGGCAAAGGUGGCGUUUUUGUUGUAGGACGUAGUGGCAAGAUAGAUAUUCCCCCCGAAGAACCAUUUUCUGCAACACUGUCAGGUGCCAUGGCUGUGAAAGGUCAUGAUGGAAAUCCACUUCUCGUUUGGGGUCAACUUCCCAAUACAACAACAGGGCCUGAUGGAACACUUUACAUUACAGGGAGACAUUCAGGUGACCUAGAUGGUGCUCCUGUUAUAAUGGGCAAUGAUGGAAAACCACUUCCAAUUACAGCAGUGUGUGGAAGUUCCAAACAUAAUUCACUUAUACCUGGUGGCAUAGUUUCUGUAUCAAAAGGAAAAACUGAUGUACACCGUACUGGUUUCUUGGGAGAAGUUGAAGAUGAUGGUGAUCGUGUACGUGGAAUUUCUGUCACUGUUGAUCGUCAUGGGCAACCAGUUGAAGCACCUCCUGUUGCAGUGGCCAUCCUGGGGCCUACUGGUAAGACAGCUCUGCUCACUGGAGACCACCAAUUAGCUAUUGCAGCAGGUAAGGAUGGUAAAGGUACUGUUACUUGCAGUGGAGAAUUUGAAGGUGCACCUACACUUAUCAACAAAGAUGGUAAGCCUGUUCUUGUAGAUGGAUGGCCUGCCAUGCUUAAAGCUGAUGGAGGAUACCAGGCUGAGUUUUCAGAUGUCAUCGAGGGUGCGAGAAUUAUUCGCGGGGAGGAUGGUCAGCCAAAAACAGUGAAGAGCAAGUAUAUUGGCACUGUUGUAACUGGAGACAAAGGAAGGAUUGAAAAAGUUAAGCUGGUUCUAGACCCUGAGGGACAACCACUUGCAGUUACAGAAUCAGACCUGGGAACAGUAGUAAGUGCAGAUGGCAAACCAAUUGAGAGACUGCAGGUAGUGCCCAGUCCCAAGACUACUCCAGAAAAGAAGACUUCUUCACCUAUACCCUCACUGCCCAAGAUAACCUUACCUAAGAUAUCUACUGGGUCACCACGUCUACCUGCAGCUGAUGGCAAUAAAAUUCAGGAUACAGAAGCUCUGCUAGCAGCAGAGAGAAGCCAUGCAGGCAUUUUGGGCAUUGCACCAGGGGCAGUAGUUGCCUUACCAGAAAGUCAAGUACUUUUGCUCACUUCCAAAAAUGGAAAACCUUUGCUUGCAACUGGAAGUAUACCACCUCCAAUUGUAGAACAGGAUGGUAGGAAAGUUAUCCCUGGCAAAUUCUCAGGCAGCCUGGAUGGUGCUACAGUCAUCACUGAUAGACAAGGGCAGCCUGUAGCUGCAAGUGGGUGCCGAGCAGAUGUAGUGAGAGGACCAGAUGGAAAGCCUGCUGUUAGUGCAAAAUUUACACAUGUUGUGGAAGGAGCCAAAAUUACACCAGGGAAAGUUUCACAAAAGCCAGAUGUGAGCUACACAAAAUAUUUAGUUAACUUGACUGGUAGUGGAGGAAAACCCAUUGGACCAGCAGAAAGGCCAGAGAAUGUAGAGGCUGUCACAGUAAUUCUUGGAGCAGAUGGAAAGCCACUAGAGGUAACAGAACCAGCACCUGGUGUACUGAUUGCAGGUGAUAAAAAGCCUGUAAUAAAUACUGCUUCAGGUGUCAGUGGAGUAUUAGCUGCUGGAAAAACAUCUCCCUUAGGUGCAAGAGCACUGCCAACUGAUCACGUUCUGUGCUUAGUUGCUAAAGAUGGUAGUCCUGUAGUUAUAACUGGUGACAUACCUACACUGGUAACUAACAAGGAUGGUAGGAAGGCAAUUCCAGGAAAAAUGGGUGGGAAGCUUGAUGGUGCGACAGUACUGGUGGAUAAGAGUGGGCAGCCAGUUACUGCUGUAGGGCAGCCUAUUGAUGUAAUCACUGGUAAUGAUGGCAAGCUGGUAAUUUCUGCACCAUUCACUCAUGUAGUGGAGGGAGCCAAGAUCAGACCAGGUAAAGGAGGAAAAUUGGAUGCAACUAAUACCAAGUACUUGACAUCGGUUGUAGGAUCUGGAGGCAGGACUCUGAAGCCUGGUGAAAAACUGGAAAACAUUGAAACGGUUAUGUUGGUUGUUACAGCUGAUGGGAAACCAGUAGAAGUUACUGAACCAACUCCAGGAGUUCUGCUGUCUAGUGAUGGGAAGCCUGUAGUUAAUUCAGCGACAUCUUUUGAAAGUGGACGUGCUGGAACCCUAAUUCCAAAGUUACAGAUAACUGAAUUGCCUGUGAAUGAAGCACUGUUGGUCAUAUCCAAAGAAGGUGUUCCUGUAAUUGUUACUGGUGAUUUGCCAGCACCAGUCAUCACUAAAGAUGGGAAAAAAACACUUCCAGGUAAGUUUACUGGAAAGCUUGAAGGUGCAGUUGUUAGUGUAAAACCAGAUGGACAAACUAUGACUCUUAAAGGACUUGAAAUAGAACCUAUUACUAGCCCAGCAGGAAAGCCAGCAGUUGGUGCCCAGUACACUCAUGUAGUAGAAGGAGCUAAGAUCAUGCCAAAGAAGAGUGGGAAACCAGAAGUGACACUCACUAAAUAUCUUGUUACACUGGUUGAUAAGGAAGGGAAACCAGUCACACUUGGAGCUAAAAAUAUAGAUGUGGAGGAAGCUACUGUUGUUCUUGGAGCUAAUGGGAAGCCAUUAGAAGUUUCAGAAACACCAACAGGUGAACUUCGUUCAAGUGACGGAAAACCAGUGAUGAAACUAACCUCUGAUGCAGAUGCCGAAGGCAUUGUGAGAGCUAUUGUGAGUCCAGGUCAUCCUGUAUCUUUCUUAGCUGCUGAUGGAAAGCAAGUGUCUACUGUACCUCUGCGAUACGGAGGACUCAUUGGUACAACUGAUCCAGCUCCAUAUGUUGAUGGAGUUACAGUAGUCGUGGAUAAAGAAGGACAUCCGGUUGUUCUAACUGGACAGUAUCCAGCACCAAUAAUCAGCAAGGAUGGAAAGAAGAUCCUUCCACCUGGAAAAUUUCCAGGAAGUCUGGAUGGUGCCAUUGUUCUGGAGGAUGAACACUCAAAGCCUCUGAUUCCUCGGGGGCUAUACACCGAAGUUGUUGCAGGGCCUGAUGGUAAGCCACAGAAGGUGGUCCAUUAUGCACACAUCAUAGAUGGUGCCAGAAUUAUUAUAGGGAAAAAUGGUGAGCCUAUAGUAUCCCGAGAGAAAUUUUUGGGCACUUUGGUGGGUAAAGAUGGAGAACUGUGGUCGCCAGAUAAGUCUCCAUCAGACAUUAAAGGAGCAGUAGUGGUAGUGGAAAAGGAUGGAGAACCAGUUACCGUUGUGGAGAAACUGCCGGGCAUUAUAGCUGACAAAGAUGGACAACCGAUCAUUUCUGUUGAGAAGCACUUGGGCAUAACACCUCAUUCAAGGCUUGUGAUAAGCCAAGGCAGUCCAGCAACUGGAAUUGGCAGUCAGCCAUUUAUGCUGAGUGCACCAUUUACUCAGACUGUAGCUGUAGCUAGUGGUGUUGUUGCCGUUGUAGGAAAUGAUGGAAAGGUCUCAAUUGUUGCAGGACAAUUUCCAGCUCCUGUCUCAAAAAGUGGUAAAAUGGUACUCCCAGAAGACUUUCCAGGUAAACUGGCAGGAGCUCCUAUCCUGGUUGGUCAUGAUGGUAAACCUGUGAUAAUGAAGGGACUACAGGCUCAACAAGUUUCUUCGAGUGAUGGAAAACCAAUGCUCACUGCAGACCACUCACACAUUGUAGAAGGAACAACUGUUACUCUAAAUAAGGAUGGGAAGCCUUUAUCUUCACCAGCAAAAUUCCUGUUGACUCUUAUUGGCAGGGAUGGCAAGCCACUGCCACCUGAAAAGACUAUGGCCACUGAAGUCAAUGGGCUAACCAUUGUGCUGGGAUCUGAUGGCCAACCACUUCCUGUUACGGAGAUAGUUGCUGGAACUGUUGUAAGCAAAGAUGGUAAGCCAAUAGUUACUACAAGACAUCCAAGCAUGGUGACGAGUGUUGAAUACAAAAUACCAGCUGUUAAACCAGUGACAACAGUUAGUAGUGCUGACAGCACAGUAACCACUUUGGUAACACCUCAGCCUAUACAUAUAAUUGAAGGAGUAAUAGCAGUUGUUAGGAAGGAUGGAAAGCCAGUGAUUCUUACUGGUCAGUACCCAGCACCCAUAACAGACAAAAGUGGGAAAAAAGUUUUGCCUCCAAAAUUUCCAGGAAAUUUGGAAGGAGCUGUUGUUCUGGUUGACAAAGACUCAAAACCUACAAUCCUGAAAGGAACAGAGAUAGCUCAAACAACAGGCAGUGAUGGGAAGCCCUUGGCAGUUGCUGAUUAUACACAGGUCAUAGAAGCAGCAAGAGUUAGUCUCGGAAAGGAUGGGAAACCUAUAGUGACAGCUGAUAAAUUUGUAGGCUCACUUAUGACAAGAGAUGGUAAACCUCUACCUCCUGGGAGAUCACCGUUGGAAGCUGAAGGUGUUACUGUUGUCUUAGGGAAGGAUGGACAGCCAAUGGCAGUGGAAGAAACUCCUAUAGGUGUAGUGAGUGCACAGGAUCGACAGCCGUUACUGUCUGUGCAAAAAUUCUUGGAAAGUGUCCCAGGUUCUUCAGUCUCAUACUCACCACCUCCAGGUCACACAUCUUCAGGCACUGUGCAAACAACUAGGGUAGUGAUGGGUUCUCCUUUAGGAGGAGGACCACCAGUUGUUACAACUCAUACAAUAAAUGUUGUAGAAGGGGUUAUGGCAGCUGUAAAAAAAGAUGGAAAACCAGUUAUUUUAGUUGGUCAGUUUCCAGCUCCAGUGUCUGGUAAGGAUGGGAAGAAAAUACUACCAACAAACUUUCCUGGUGGUCUCGAAGGAGCAACUGUCUUGGUUGGGAAAGACAGUCAGCCAAUAUUACUAAAGGGACAAUAUGCUGCAGCUACGGCUGGUAACGAUGGCAAAUCUGUAACAGUUGCUGAUUACACACAGGUUGUGGAAGGGGCUAGAGUUAGCCUUGACAAAGAGAAUAAACCUUUAGUUACUAACACUAAAUUCCUUGGAUCAUUUGUUGGGAGUGAUGGCAAACCACUUCCACCUGGUCGUUCUCUUGUUGAUUCUCAAGGUGCGAUGGUAGUUUUGGGGCAGGAUGGUCAGCCGUUGCCAGUGAGAGUAUCUUCAUUUGGAUCUGUUACUAGUGAAAGUGGGGAACCUAUCUUAUCAGUUCAAAAGUUCUUGGAAUCAGUUCCUGGAGCUACUGUGGCUUUCGAGCAAGCUGGUCCAACAACUUCGACAACUGUAGAGACUACUUCUGUUAUUCUUGGGCCUGAUGGCAGGCCUGUACAGCUUGGGUCCCCCCAUACCACAUCCCGCACCAUAGGAAUUGUUGAUGGUAUCAUGGCUGUAGUUAGAAAAGAUGGUAAACCGGUGAUAUUAACAGGAAGAUUUCCAGCUCCUGUGCCUGGUAAAGAUGGAAAAAAGGUACUUCCACCUAAAUUUCCAGCAAAUUUGGAAGGAGCUACAGUUCUCACAGACAGGCAUGGCAAGCCCCUUACACUGAAGGGUCUAUAUGCUGCAAAGACUUCAGACAAUGAUGGAAAACCGCUGGCUGUGGCCGACUACUCUGAAGUUAUUGAAGGUGUGAAACUUGUUAUGGAUGAAGAUAAUAAAGUGACAGCAAGCCCUGAUAAGUUCCUUGCCACAUUAGUCACGAGAGAUGGAAAGACGUGGUCACCUGGGCGCUAUCCUGGAGACAUGGAAAGUGUUACAGUAGUUCUUGGGCAGGAUGGCCAACCAUUGUCGAUAACAGAUAUUGGUGGAACAAUACUGGGUAAGGAUGGCGUUCCAGUCUUGUCUGUUCAAAAGUUUGCUGAGACUGUUCCUGGUUCUACAGUGUCAUUCAUGCAGAAAGGUGGUGCACCUUCAACUGGUACAGUGCAAACAUCGUCAGUUGUUCUUGGUCCUGACGGGAAGCCCGUUGCAAGCGUAACAGGCAAAGAUUCGAUGGAGUCAUUUACCAGUCACACUAUCAGCACUGUGGAAGGAGUGAUGGCAGUUGUGAAAAAAGAUGGUAAACCAGCAAUUCUUACAGGGCAAUAUCCAGCCCCUGUGAUAGCAAAAGAUGGAAGGAGAAUUUUACCUGCCAAGUUUCCAAGUAGUUUAGAAGGUGCAACUGUUCUCACAAGUAAGGAAGGGAAGCCACUAAUUCUGAAAGGUGUGUAUGCUGCACAAACUGAGGACCCUAGCGGAAAGCCCCUGUAUGUGGCAGAUUAUUCUCAAGUUGUUGAUGGGGCAAAAGUUAGCUUAGGAAAGGACGGAAAAGUGACUGUUAUGAAUGAAAAGUUCUUAGCUAAACUUUUUGGGAGCGACGGACAGCCAUUAUCACCUUCAGCUGUCAGUCCAGGAAGUGUACAGUCAGUUUCAGUAAUUUUGGGCAAGGAUGGUCAGCCAUUAGCGGUAACAGAGAAGCCAUCAGGUGAUGUGGUAGGAAGUGACGGAACAUCGGUUAUUACAAUGCAAAGGUUCACAGAAUCAGUUACAACAUCAACUGUUAAAACAGCAUCAUCAGUUGGUGGAGUUGUCAGAACAGAGACAAUAGCUAUCAUGGAAGGCGUAACGGCACUGCUGGCAAGAAAUGGACAACCUUUAAUCAUAACAGGACAAUACCCAGCUCCAGUUGUAGGUGCAGAUGGGCGGACUAUCAUACCGGGGCAGUUUUCAGGAUUAUUAGAUGGUGCCACAGUUUUGACAGGAACGGAUGGCCGACCACUAGUUCUCAAGGGAGUACCUGCGGAGGCAACAAAGUCUCGCAGUGGUGAACCUGCUUUGUCCGUUGACUAUACACAUGUAUUAGAAGGAGCAAAACUUUCAGUGGGUCGAGACGGUAAGCCAUCUGUAGUACCAAAACGUUACCUUGCAAAACUGCUCGGCCCAGGAGGAGAAAAGGUGCCUUCAGGUUCCCUUCCAUCCCAAGUAACAGGUGUAGUCGUGGUACUGGGGGAGGAUGGUGAGCCAGUAGCUGUGUCUGGUUUAGAACGGGGACGUGUCAGAGCGGAAGGAAAUGACCUAAAAGUUUUUCGGCGAGGUUCAGAUGGGGAGCUUUCAGAUGAAGAAGACUCAGGUGAUGAACUUGCAGCAUAUGCAGAGGACACAAUACUCGGCCCCAAGGUUGUCAAAACGACAACAAAAAGGACUGUAGUGAAGGACAGUGGUGGUCUGCGUCGUAAUGUGGAAGAGAAAGUGGAGGACCUGGGUGCAGGAACAGUGUCUCUUACAACACACGAAGAUGAGGCAGAGGUGGGCAGUGAUGAUGGACGAUCCCCCCAUGUGACAGCAACUGCUGUGACGACUCGAACAGCAACGACUCACGAGGACAAAGAGACAAAUGCGAAAACUAGUCAGGUGGAAGAGAAGACAGUAGCCCACACCACAACUACAAGUGGUGCAAGGCAAGAACAACGAACUGUUACUCAGGAAAUGAGAGCUACGUCAACAGUAGUUACAACAGAUCAGCAGCAGUUUUCCAGACGCUCAAGUACAAGCUCUGAUGACUCUGGAACACCUGUGGAUCUGCUGGACGAACCUGAGGAUGGUCUCUUCUAUGCCAAUGGUGGUGCCAGACUUCAGCCCAUUGUGCCAACUGAAAGUAAAGUGUAUAGCCAGCCAGGAUCUCCCAGCACAACCAGUGUAACAAGCACAACAAAAGUACCUGUUGUAGCUACAGAGACACGUAAGGUAACAGUCGAAGAAGGACCUUACAGUGCCUCGGGAGAGAUUGUCAGUUCUCAGACCAUCUCCAGCAAAACGAGAACUGUUGAGACAAUAACGUACAAAACAGAAAAAGAUGGAGUGGUAGAGACGCGAGUGGAACAGAAAAUAACUAUUCAGUCAGAUGGUGAUCCUAUUGACCAUGACAGGGCACUAGCAGAAGCUAUUCAAGAAGCAACUGCCAUGAAUCCUGACAUGACUGUUGAGAAGAUUGAGAUUCAGCAACAGCAGCAGCAGCAGCAAGGGGCUCCAGGGCCCUGAAGUGACUGAACAGCCACCUGUGAAAGCACCUUGUGCCACCUGGCUGGCCCCUUCACUGCCUCAGCACAGUUUUGUCCGUUCUACAUUAUCAUCAGAAGUUCAGCAAAACUCAGAACAAUAACAUAUAUAUAUAUAUAUGUUCACGUUUGUUUUAUACAUACACGUUGUUCUUCAGUCUUAGAUUUUUGACACAUAUUGUGUGCAAAAUUAUUGUAAAAUCUCAACUUUUUGUUAAUUAGCUCUAUUUUCUCCCUUUUUUAUGCUGUGUGAUGUGUGUGUGUGUGUGUGUGUGUGUGUGUGCGCGCGUGUGCGUGUGCGUGUGCAUGUUUUCCAUUUUGUAUUUACGACGACAGCUUUUUGCUUUGUUUUCUAGCAGUCACAUAAUGACUGCCUUGCAGCAUUUUUCAUUAUAUCACCAAUGCUGAAGAAUAAAAGGCAGGUACUGCAUUCUUACAAAAUUCCAACUUUCAUGCCAGUGGAAAAGAGUAAAUAUAUAUAAGUUUUGAGUGCAAUGGCUAAGUUGCAAAAUAAACUGGAAAAUCUGCUUUGCCUGUAUUUGAUAAUCAGUGGUAGUGCACAUUCAAGAAGCUUCUUUCAGCUUCCUUCAGAAUACUGGGAUGGAAUAAAUAUUACAAUCAAUAUUGUUGACAUGUGGUCAAAUUCAGAUGUUUAGAGGCUGGACUGGUUCAAAACUGUAUGUGAAAGAAACAGAAUAAGGAUUAAGUAAAUGCAAUUCAAUCCCAGUGCUUACACUUGUGAUAUCCAUUUUAGUAGGAUCUGUGGUAUCUUUAGAAGUUGAACUGCAAGAUAUCAAGAGGAGCGCCUUUUGUGUUUGUGGCAGGAAUAUUGCCUUCUGUUGCUUGCCAUGCAACAUUUCAGACUGAAUGCAGAGUUUAUUGCCUAAAGUGCAACUGACCAAUAAAAAGAUUUAUUAUAUCUUGAAAAGUCUAAACAAGUUGAAAUGUAAAAUAUAUAUAUAUAUAAUAUAUAUAAACGUACAAUGAGCAAGACAUUCCAGUUACUUAAUUGACAAGAACUUGUUUAUAUUUCUUUUACUGAUAAAAUGAGCCAUCACAGAAACAUAACUGUGAAGGUUGGCAUUUGUCCUUUGUGUGCUAAUGGCAGCUAGUUCCAAAUAUUGUUUCCACUUUUUUUGUCUUGAUGCAGAAUUUGCCUCCUACUAACAUGUUCACGGACUGUAAAAAUGUAUGUUGUAAAUAUUUAUAAUAAUGGCACAUUGAUUGUCAAAAAGGUGGAAUCGUCAUAUGCUUGCCAUUCAGAGUAUUUGCAUAGCACUGCUUCUGUUAUCAAAAUAAAUUUAUUGAUUGAAUA